AAAGCGCGCGCGCGCGUGUGUGUGUUUACUGGAAGAACCUCAGAGCUGAGGAGGUGGAGCCUUCGCUCUAUUCGUUGACCGCGGUAACACAGCUACCUCCGUUUGCUGGAGAAAAGAGAGAGAGAGAGAGAGAGAGAGAGAGAGAGAGAGAGAGAGAGGGGGGGACGCGGACGUCUUUACCGAUACAUUCCUCCAUCGGUUAGAAGAGGCCGUCUAUUCAGAAUUAAUGACCAACUUAAUAAAUGAUUUAACACAUAGACAUUCGGGGACUUUGGAUAUUUUCUCCCUGGAGAGGAACGCUGGAGCCCGGGACAGGAACAAUCUCCAAGGUAAAUAAACAGGCUCCAUACCCGGGGCAUAGAGUGCUGCUGUUGCUGUACAUGGUGCGUAAAAUAGCAUAUUGCAUAUGUGUGUAACAGUGCACAUGUUAAGCAAGACGUUGCAAUUGCGCAAAAACAUGAUUAUCAUAACGGCGAUAUGGGAAGCCAUUUGUGCCUCCAAAACAUCACAGGGUACCAGCUCUACUACAGGCAGCUUAAUGUUUCAAUGCAAAACAGGACUUUGCUUUUGGGAUGUAUUAUACUCAUUCUCCUUAUUCCAGAUAGACACACAGAGAUAGACAGUGCUAUGUUGUACACUCUUGGAAUGAAAUAAGCCUCAAAUAACCUUUUGGUGUUCAACAGAUUGCCACAUACCAUUUUUUCCAGGUCAAAACUGUUUCUUGAGGAACCUCUCUGAAAAGGUUAUUCAAGGAACCCCUGUCUAAAGCUUAUCACAGUAACCUUUUUGUGAUGCAAGAGGUUCAAUUUUGAACCUAUUCAAUAAUAUAUUGUAGUGGCAACAGCCUAUCAGAAGAUUGGAGGAAUGACUUUUAGUUAUUUUUGUCCCCCCUGUAAGAGUAAAUGUUAUUCAUGUUCAUCAUGUUAACCUUUUGCUAUAUUGAAACAUUAAAGGUUGUUCCAAGAACCCCUCAACUAACCGAAAGUGCAAAUAUGAACCCAUUGACUGCAAUGGUUCCUUGAGGAACUCCAGGUUUCCUCGAGUCAGCCUACGCUCUUAGAAUUAGGGGGUAAGUCACAUUUCUCUUUUGUGGCUGGAAGGGGCCCCAGCUCAGCUCAGACAGACACCAUGUUAAGCAGCUGCAGAGCGGGCAGUUAUGGCAUCUCUUGCCGCUUCAAGUAACAACUAGCACCGGUCCUUGGUGAAUGGAGAUCUAUUCAAUAUGGAGCUUGGCCCAUUCCGUCUUGCUCCAAAUGCUCUGAUCAGCAGCACAGUGAGACAGCCAGACCCACCCGCCCGGGGGUAGCCUAUUUACCAUGAAACCGGAGAACCAUAGAGCUCUGCUGGCGAAAGCAGCAGGCUGCAUGGGAAUGAGGUUAUUUAUUCAGAAUGAACCUGGACUCAUUCAUAAUAACCUGGUUUUCUGACCCCCCCCGUGGUAAAAAGAGAGUUUGAGCUGAGCUGUUUAACACUGUACACGUUUAGUGUGUGUGUGAACACAGUUAUUUAGACCUUAAUGUCAGAGAUGAUAAUGACCUGACUGACAACAGGGAUCGAGGUUCAAACCUCUAGCUGAAUGUUUGUGGGUGUGUAGCUAUGUGUGUUUUUGUGAAUGUGUUUUAUAUACAGAAGAUGUACUCCACCAUGUGUUGGCCUCCAUAUAGAAUCAGUGGAAAAAGACUCCUUCACACCUUUGAAGUGUUCACAAGAGAAAAUGUAUGAUAACACUAUUAUAACACAUUUCUGCCCCCUGCUCUCUCUCGCCUUUCUCUCUGCAGCUGUCUGCAGUGGGUGGUCUCUCUGAGGUCCUCUUUGGACUGCUCCUCAGUAUCGUCGCUCUGGGAAACGUGUGUGCACCCCCCUCCUCCCCACCUCCCUCACGCCCUCUCCCCCCUCCUCCCUCACAUCAUCUCCCCCUUUCCUCCCCUCCUUCCUCACGCCCUCACCCUUUCCCCACAUCGCAAACCCUCUUCAUCUCUUCUUCUCUCUCUCCCUCCUGCCCCCUACUCUCCCUCGCCCCUCCCUGCUCUGGACCCCCCACCCCUCGGUCAACGAGCCGAGCGUGGGGGUCAGGGCGCCAUGGUAACCCACAGCAGGCGCGACCCCCCCACCAUGAGCAGCAUGACCCCCCCAGAGCCCAGAGGUCAGGGGUCUCGUGUGCACCCCCUGCGCUAUAAACCCUUCAGCUCACAUGCACACUACCAACAGGUGCUGUGUGCGGUGCGUAAGCUACAAGAGAGUGGGUUCUACUGGGGUGCGGUGGGGGGUCGUGAGGCUAGCUCUCUGCUCCGCUCCCAGCCCCCCGGGACCUUCCUGGUUCGAGACUCAUCCGACCACCACUACUUCUUCACACUGUCGGUCCAGACGGCCCGCGGGACCAAGAACCUCCGUAUCCACAGCCAGGGGGGAAGCUUUUACCUGCAACCCGACUCGUGCUGCACACACAUGCCCCCGCGCUUCGACUGUGUGCUCAAACUGAUUGGACACUACAUGGGGAAGGAGGGACGAGGUGGAGAAGCAGCAGGAGGUGGAGACGGGGAGGCUGGGGUAAGGGCGGGGGGAGGCAUGGCUGCAGCGGCAGGGGAGACUGUGGGGUCGGGGACUGGGAGUGUGUAUCUGAUCCACUCAGGGGGAGAGAAGGUUCCGUUGGAGCUGCGUCGACCCCUCCCCUCCUCCCUGUCCUCCCUCCAACACCUGUGUAGGAGGACCCUGAACGGACACCUCGGGGGCUCGGUCAGCCCGGACACACACCAGCUCCCUCACACACUCAGGAACUUCUUGGAGGAGUACGAUGCCCCCAUCUAACACACACAUACACACACUCACACAGUUCAGGUUUGGGGUUUCCCCCUCCAACAGUUGAGGAUAGGAUUUGGAAAGGGUAAGCUGUUCCAGAUCGAUGCCACUGCUUUCUUACCAAGGGGAGCCUAAUAUAGGUAACAAUUGAUACUCCUCCGCUCCUGGACAGACCGUUGAUGGGAGUCAAGACGAGACUGGGGGGGGUUAAAAGUCAUUGCCCUCUCAGCCAGUCACCCAAUCUCUCAGCGGGUGCUGUGAUUGGGUAGUCAAAAAGAUUGAUGGGUCGAUAAUGCAGACCGUGGACCCGCCACACAUGCAUGCAAACACACAUACACAGUGCUGUGUGUGGCUUUAGGAGUGUAGCCAGAAGGUUGUUUUGGGGUUUGUUGUGCUGCUGUGGCUGAGGUAUAGCUCCUUCUAUUGAUCAACCGAGGCUUUCAUCUCCUCCCUUUAUCUCCUGUUUGACAUGUAGAAUGGGCUCCAUGGACUGCGAGAGGGAGGGAAAGGAAGCGAGAGACAGGGAGAGAGGCGAAAUAGUGUGUCAAACGAAGGGGCCAAAAGCAGAGUGAAAGUGUUUGUGUGUGGUGUCGUACACAUUUCCACUGCUGUAUGCCAACUAGCAUUGCCUCAUAGGAGGGUGUGGGGGAUCAUGGCUGAAGACAGCCACUAGCCACACACACACACACACACACACACACACCACGUACGUACAUACAGCUUACAGUGCUGUGAAAAAGUAUUUGCCCCCUUUCUAAUUUUCUCUACUUUUGCAUAUUUUUGAUACUGAAUGUUAUCAGAUCUUCAACCAAAACCUAAUAUUAAAUACAGGGAACCUGAGUGAACAAAUAACACAAUUAUAUACUUAUUUCAUAAACAAAGUUAGGCAACACCCAAUGCCCCUGUGUGUGAAAGUAAUUGCCCCCUUACACUCAAUAACUGGUUGUGCCAUCUUUAGCUGCAAUGACUGCAACCAAAUGCUUCCUGUAGUUGUUGAUCCGUCUCUCACGUCGCUGUGGAGGAAUUUUGGCCCACUCAUGCAUGCAGAACUGCUUUAAGUCAGCAACAUUUGUGGGUUUUCAAGUAUGAACUGUUCGUUUCAAGUCCUGCCACAUCAUCUCAAUUGGGAUUAGGUCUGUACUUUGACAAGGCUCCAAAUUUGUUUCUUUUUAGCCAUUUUCAUGUAGACUUUAUUGUUUGUUUUGGAUCAUUGUCUAGCUGCGUGACCCAGCUGCUCUUCAGCUCACAGACGGAUGGCCUGACAUUCUCCUGUAGAAUUCUCUGAUACAGAGUAGAAUUCAUGGUUCUGUCUAUUUAGGCAAGUGGUUCAGGUCCUGAGGCAGCUGGGUCAUGCAGCAAGACAAUGAUCCAAAACACACAAUCAUGUCUACAUGAAAAUUGUUAAAAAGCAACACAUUUUAAGUUUUGGAAUGGCCUAGUCAAAGUCCAUACCUAAUCCAAAUUGAGAUGUUGUUGCAGGACUUGAAACAAGCAGUUUAUGCAUGAAAACCCACAAAUGUUGCUGAGAUAAAUCAGUUCUCCAUGCAAGAGUGGGCCUAAAUUCCUCCACAGCGAUGUUGGAAAAAAUAUGCAAAAAUAGAGAAUCAAAAAGGGGGCAAAUUCUUUUUCACGGCACUGUAACUGCAUCUUUGGUAGCUCUUCUGUUAGAAUGUGAUGGAGAUACCUCUAUGUCUUUGUCUUUCUUCCCAUCUCCAUCCAUCUACUCACAAGAGAAAAUGUAUGAUAACACUAACACCGCUCACUCGCUUAUUCAUAUAAAUAGAUAGAUUUCUCUCUCACUCAACCCCAAAGCUAACAGUGGAUCUUAUUUUAGUUCCUGGCAGGCAGAAACACCGUGUGUCCCAAAUGCCACCUUAUACCCUUUAAAGUGCACUAGCCUUGGUCAAAAGUAGUGCACUGUAUAUAAAAUUGGGUGCCAUUUGGGACACAGUCAGAAACAAAAACUGAAGCCGAAAAUAGUCAGUAGUCCGGGGGGGGGAUUGAAGUGUGAGGGAAGAGUGCUGAAGACGAGUAUGGCUGACGCUGGAUGAGGGGGGGACAGGCAAGGAUGAUUGGGGGGGGAAGCGGUAAUAGUGAGGGAUGAGGAGGAUGAGUAGGCAAGAUUGUUUUCACACUGGGCCACAGAGACAACAAAUCCUUCAUUUGAAGAUGAUGAUGAUGAUGUCGUGUUUAGCUAAAUCCAUGUCUUCCUGGUAAGAGCCUAGUUAGUAGAAGAGCAACGUUUGUAAUUUUUAACAUCUAUUAUCGUCAUAUCAACCUAAUGUGUUGCACCAGCUCAGCUACGUGUGUGUGUCAGAAGUACUUGUCUUUUAUAAAGACUGCUCAUAACCUCGCCACUAGAUUGGCAGACAGUGCAAGCCCAACUAUCUGGAACAACAAAAACCUAAAAGCAUUUCAGAAGAGAAAUUAAAGAUUGAACUUUGCACAUAUUUAUAUUUCUAAGAUAUUUCAACAAUGUAUAUUAAAGAGCACUAUUUUUACAAAAUUGAA